AUGGUUUUCGGCGUCAGCAACGUGACAAAGAUUGUGAAAAAUCUGAGGGAGGAAGAUCGGAAAAUGGCGGUGGAUUCCUUGAUAUGGGAAGCUUCGUGUAGGCAGAAAGAUCCGAUCUUGGGUCCUUAUGGAGAGUAUAGAAAGGUUUAUGAUGAGCUUAAGCUGUGCAAAAGGCAAUACCAAAAUCAAGUGAUGCAAUUAUCAGGCCAAUGGGGUACUGGAUACAAAGCGACGACGGGAUUGAAUAUUAAUGAAUGGAGUGCUGGCCGGAGUAAUGGGAUAAAUAAUAAGGGAUUGAAUAUUGGUGGAAUUAUGGGAAACUCGUUGAGUUUCAUUCAUGAUAAUGAUCAGAACGGCAUCGUGGAUCCUUCUAAUGAUCCGUAUUUUUAUACAGCUUUAAAUUAUGAAGAUAGAUCAGCAAAGCAAGAAAAUCAUGGUGGUGGUGUUCCAUUAAUGCAGCAGAACUCGAUCGGUGGAUUAAUUAACCAACAAUACUAUGUUCCAGGCUAA